GGAUGUCUCGCGUUUUUUGUCGUCGCUCGCCAAAAUCGCGAUUGUGUUGUGUUUCGGUUUUGUGCAAAGAAUUUUCUGCUCGCCACAGGGGUUAAGCGUUUUAGUUUCAUUUCUUCCCGCACCCAACAGCCUGCCAAAAGCUGUAACAAUUGUCUGCGAUUGUUUCAUGACCAGGAUUAAACACAGUGAGACUGCAGGCUGAAGAUUUUGUAACAGGAAAAAUGGAUCAGCAAAGUGGAAGUGGCAAGUGGCAGCAGCGUCCGGAAGCGAGCUUCGUACCACUGAGGGCUCCCAAAGGACUCUCUGUGGACGCACCGGAAUUCGUUCCGAAGCAGCAGCAACCGACCCAAUACAACCCCUCGCAGCCUCAGCAGCAGCUGCAACAACGCUAUCGAGUUGACAACAACGGUGCCGGUGGUGGUGGAGGCGGAGGAGGUGGUGGUGGGACAUUCAACAUGGUUCCAAACGCGCCACAAUAUUCGCAGCAGCACGACAUGGGCAAUGGCGCCCUGGUCAAUGGGACAGAAAUGAUCAGCAAAUCGAACCUAUCGGAUCGGCUGAAAAAUAUUCAGAUUUCCAAUGUGGGCCCGCAGCAACAACAGCCGUUUUACACGGGCUAUCACGGCUACAAUGAUAACAAGGAUAUGCGUAAUCCUUCGCACUAUAACCACCAUCAGCAUCACCCGAACCAGCACUAUUCUCAGCCGCAUUCACAACAGCAGCGUCUUCAACAGCAGCAGCAGCAACAACAACACCAUAACCAGCAGCAACAGCAACAACAGCCGCCGCAUAUGGCGUUGCAUCAGAAUGCUGCUGGCCACUAUCCUUUCACAGUGGCCGGGAUGGGAUACUCGUCGACAGCGCUUAACAAUCACCUGCAUCACCCGAUCCUGGGUGGAAUGGCUGCCGCGGCGGUGGGCGGACAUGGUCCUGUUCCAAUGCACGAGAAUCGUGUAAGAGCCAGACUACAAAAUGCCCAAAACUCUCAACAUCACCACCAGCAGCAGUCGCACCAUCAACCCCAUCAUCAUCAACAGCAGCAACAUCAUCAACAUCAACAACAGCAGCAGCAUCAUCACCAUCGUCACCACCAGCAGCACAUGCGAGGUGGUGCUGGCAAUGAUUACGGAGGGGAAGGCGAUGCCGAGCAGAUCAAUGAGAACGAAACACUAGCUCUGGAGUACCUGACGGAGGUGAUUGCCGAGCUGUACGAUAAUCCUGGCAUGUUUGAAAACAUUCAGCGAAAGUUGAAGGGUACAUUUGCCGAGUUCCGCAACAAUCACUUUGUGCUAAGCAACGCUGUGGAAAUGAUCUUCGAACAGUCGAUUAAGGAGCAAAAUUUUCGCUACAUGGGAGCCCGAUUGUGUCAUCUGCUGGACAGUCUGGACGGUGGUCCCGAAAGCGUGCUGCGCCAGCUGUUGAGCAUGAAGAUUGACCACCAGCAUUCGGAGUUGUCGGGAUUUAUGCAAAACGAGCAGAUCAAGGUGCGCGGAACGACUCUCUUUCUGGCGGAGUUGUACAUGCAGCUCCGAAAGCCGCAGGAUGCCAAGCGCAAUGCUGAACUAGCACGGAGGAUUACCGGUGCAGCUAACAUCCUGCUAAGUAAAGAGGGCCCAGGAAACAUAAAGUGCGUCUGCCAGUGUUUAAAGCUCUGUGGAUUUGAACUGCAACGAGACUGCCGGUUGGAAUUGAUGGAAAUCAUCGACACGUUGAGUUCUCUAGAGCACACAACAGACUGUUCGACUGGACGUUUCAUCCGAACGGUGUUAGAGUUACAACAGAAGUCCUGGGGACGCAAUGAAGAAGUUGUGCCUGUUGUUCUACCGUCAGUGUCCGAAGCGACUGGCGAAGAGUUUACCGACAGUCCUGUAUUUUAUGGACCCGACGGACAAGUGAUGACGGAAGAGGAGAAUGACUUCCUCGAAACGGCCGCACCGGUUGCGUUCGAAGAGUUCGACGAGGACGGUGACCCAGACGAUUUGGUGGACGAUGAAAAUAUGGACAUGGAAAUUAAGAUGGCAUUUAAGGACUUCGUAGCGAGCAGCAAAAACCGGCAGCCGUACUAGCGGCCGGGGUCUGUUCGCGAUCGUUGGGCCCAAGUGUGUUGAUGCGGAACGGUCCAGGCAGACUUCGAAUGGCCCAAGCCAUCUCAUCUAAUCAACGUGAAACACGCGAAGGCAGCAGAGCAAAAGCAAACCUACAUUCAGAUUGUUAGUAAUGAGUAUCCUAUUUUUAGAUAUUUAGUUCUAAGCCAAAUGUUUCGAAACAGCAAGAAAGAGACAGAUCGUGAAACCCCAAUAUUAAUCGAAAAACAACCAGCAAACUAAGAAAGCAGAUUGGCACCGUUAGCAAUCGAUAACUCGGAAAAGCACAACGUUUCAAACAAUUCUCGAAAUCACCAAUCGCAGACACAGAUUGGCCAAAAUAAAUAGACGGGGUCCAAAAUAAAUAGACGGGUUCCAUUAACGCUGAUGCUUCGACAAACGCAGAUCAAUUAGCGCAAACGGUUUUGUUAGCUUUCUUAAUUUUUCUUUUUCUAUUUUUUAUUUGAAUUUAUUACGAAUUGUCAUCAGGUGAUCAUAUUAUGAAAAAAGAAUUUACAACAAAACAUCCAAUAACUAUAACGGUAGAAGCAUGAUCUGUCCUGUUUAUUUACAGCUUAUAAAAUAAAAUUGCAAGCAAUACGUACUCCGUGCUACCCAGCUGUUCUGCUUUGAAGCGCCUACUUUCAAAUGUCUUUCAAAAAUUAGCAACGUACCGUCACAUAGUUUUACUCUGUCGGAAUGUUUUCGAGCGUUCCGAAUAUUCCAGUGAGUUUCGGUAGUAUGAAAACAAACCUCUAGCUUUCUACCAAAAGCAACAAAAAACGCGGAUAUGGAAAGUUCAUUUUAAGGCUGCCAAAUCUAAACGAACCUCAGAUUAGAUCAUUUUGUCGCGUCGGUUAGAUGAAGCACGCUGGUAGAACUGCGACAGACAAGAUAGAGCAAGCUGGCUAUGCUAUGUGGUUACUAGUGAAAUCCACAGCUGAACAAACUUGUGAGUUUUACUUUGAACGAAACACAGACAAAAAAAAACAAUAAAACAAAAACAAAAAUCGUUGCAAUGUUCACGAAGACAACGUGGUGAAGACAUAUUAAAAAAUAAAUACAACUUAUAUCAACAAA